AGUAUAAUAAUAUUAUUCUGUCUUCAAUACCAGAUUUUGAUGCUAAUAAUGCUUAUCUAAUAUAGUAAUAUCUAUUAGUCUAUUACGUAAUACGUACUGAAAGUCGAUACUAUUAGAAAUUAGAAUUAAAAUAAUUWAAAAAACAGGCAACAGCAUUAUUAAGUUUUCAUCAGUGUAAUAACUUUAAUAUUUUAGUCAGUAAUAAUUAAACAUGUUUUUAAACGUCGCAAAAAACAUGUCGAUUUCAAAAAUCAUUACAAGAACAUUCAGCACAACCAUAACUAGACACAAAAUAAUUAAAAUUCAAGAUCAAGAAGAUUUURAUCAACAAGUACUCAAAAGUAAAGAGCCUGUGGUGGUAGAUUUUUUUGCUACAUGGUGUGGACCAUGUAAAAUGUUACUUCCUCGAGUAGAAAAAAUUAUAGAAGAACAUAAAGGUACAAUUCAUCUUGCCAAAGUUGAUAUUGAUGACAAUGCUGAAAUUGCCAUGGAAUAUGAUGUCUCUGUCGUACCAGAACUAAUAUUAAUGAAAGAUGGUAAAGUUCAAGGAAAGAUGAUUGGACUUCAAGAUGAAGAUAAACUUAAACAUUUUAUUUCAAAAUUAAGUGAGCCUACAAAAUAAAAAAAAUCUAUUUAAAUGAUGAAUUUUUAUU